CUUUUAAGAAAGCCAAUCAACUUUUCCAAAAAAAACAUUUUUGAGGUUAAAAACUCCCAAACACCCCUGAGUAUUUGCCAUUCGGUAAUCGGAUCAUAAACCCCGAAAUUUCACGCACAGAAAAUGCCCAACAGGAACGACGACGACGACAAAGGCUUACUAUGGAAGCUGCCGGUGGCCUAUUCUAAUAAACUUGGUAAGUUGGGCCCUGCGUUUGGUCUUGGCGCCGGUUGUGGUGUUGGUUUCGGUGUUGGACUGAUCGGAGGUGCUGGUUUGGGUCCUGGAAUCCCCGGUUUACAGCUUGGUUUUGGAUUUGGUGUUGGAUGUGGAGUUGGUCUUGGAUUUGGUUAUGGCGCAGGGAGAGGCAUUGCGUAUGAUGAGAAUAGGAAACACUCAAAUGUAGGGAGGUUGUUCAAUGGACCAGGCAGUAUGCCUACUCAGGAUGAAAUUGGUUAUCUGAUCGAGGAGGUUGUGGUGAACACCAAGAAGCUGAUCAAAGCAACUCACAAAGAGGUGGAAAAGUGGAGACGAUAUUAGCAGCAGAUCUGUCAUGGUAGUUAUUUGAUUCCUGGAUGUUUGAUAUGUACAUAAGAAGAUGUUUUUACGUUUUGCAACUUUAAGACCUUGAUUUUUUAAUAUGAUAAAACAGUAUGUGAAUGAAGUUGGUGAUGAUAAAUACUUGAAAAAUGAAGGAAUCUAUGUGUGUGUUUGGUUGUGGAAAAUUGUUUUCAUUUUCCAAGAAAAUGUUUUCAGAAAACAGAGUUGAGUUUUUAUUUUCAAUU